AUGAAGUGCUCGGCUGACUCAGUGUGCCACUUGAUUGCUGCAAUAAGUAGCCUGCACUCCUGCCACCGGCACAGUGCUCGCUGACACGCCAACAUGUACAAGCUAUUGUUGCUGAGCUGCCUGCUAGCCAGCUGCCUCGCUGGGCCCGAAGAUGUUCCAUCUUGGAUACGCCAUGUGAAGCGGCCGGGGCGGCCGGGGCGGCCGGGGCGCGGCUGCGCAGACUGGCGUGCGGGCUGGGAGGCGUGUGCGCAGGUCAACAGCACUGUGGCGCUGGCGCCGCACCCACGCGACUGCAGCCUGUUCUUCUACUGCAGCAGCAUCGGCAUCGGCUUCCCACUGGCGUGCCGUCACUGCCCCGCCGGCCUACACUUCAACCCGGCCCUGCUUGUCUGCGACUGGCCCAACAACGUCAACUGUACGGCCGGCCCUCCUCCGCGCCCGCGGCCCACGCCACCUCCCACUGACAGCACAACAGUACCUACUUAUACCACUGGCAGAUUAACUAGUUAUACACCCACUUCAUCUGCAACUAGCACACCCUCUGCAACUAGCACACCCUCUGCAACUAGUACACCCUCUGCAACUAGCACACCCUCUGCAACUUACACACCCACUACAAGCAGACCCUCUGCAACUUACACACCCACUACAAGCCAAUGAAAAUGAACCAUCCGAAGAGGCCACUCUAACGUAUACGCCGGAUUAAAUAUCAAUUUUUCAUUGCUAAAAUUAUGCCAAUAAGUUUUAACUAUUAAUGUAGGCACGGCGUGACAACUUCUUGGUUCUUGCAUUGUUUCAUAUUAUUGUCUUAUACAUCAUUGUGUAAAAUGUCUAUCUACUUAUUAUCAAAUUAAAUUACAAUUAUUUUGACUUUAUUGGAUUAGUAAAAUAAGAAUAAUGAUUGUAAUAAACAUAUAUUAUAUUAUAGUUAAAUAAAAGUCAGUUUCAUUAAAGUUU